AUGGAGUUUCGAGCCAGACCACGUCUGGCGGCAGCUCAAGGUGUUGCACGGCCAGCACAAUCAGCGUCACCACCGUAUUCCAGCUCAGCUCCCUCCAACACGUCGUCGUCGCAGGUCAAUCUCACUUCGCUCUUUUGCUUUCUGCUAGCGUUUCGCGUCAGCAACGCUCUGGCAACUCGAACAUUCUUUCAGCCUGAUGAGCACUAUCAGACCACCGAGAUCGCACAUCGUCUCGUCUUUGGCUAUGGCUUCAAGACCUGGGAGUGGGUCUCGGCCUACGCGGUUGACGCACCCUCGAACACAUCGUAUCUGACAGCUGCAGUGCAGAACUUGUUCAACGGUCCCGUUCGAUCCAUCUUGCAUCCGUUACUAUUUGUACCCGGCUAUGCUUUGCUCAAGUCUACGGGGCUGGACAAGUCGUAUCUACUCGUCCUGUUCCCUCGUCUGCAACAAGCGAUCGUCGCUGCCAUUGGUGAUUUUUAUACGUUUCGCCUAGCACAUCGCAUCGGUGGUCCCGCACUUGGCUGGCUUGCAAUGCUCGUUGGUACAUGCAAUCUGUACGCGCUGUUUACGGCGACAAGAACCUUCAGCAACUCUACCGAGGCAGCAGUCACUGCAGCGGCUCUGUUCUAUUGGCCCUUCGUACCGUUCUACUCUCUCCGCUUCGAUGUCGCUACCUUUUCCAGCGCGGAAGAACGGUCAAUGUUGAUGCAGCUUCAGGGUCCCGCGUGCGUCUGGCAUCAGAUGCGUCCGCAGCAGAAGCGGUCGCAAGAAGACUUGGACUUGGACAUCAAGCAGAUUUCUAGGAUCAUCUACGAUCGCACGCUGCGAAAGAGCGUCAUGCUCGCUGCAUUUGCUUGCCUCUUGCGCCCGACAAAUGGCAUGCUGUGGAUGUACUUGACUGCAGAGCUUUUCGUUCGACAGGUGCGUUCUCUUCGAUCGAACACGUCGGACCGCAGUGCUGAAGAUCAGCAAGGCUCAGUGCUGCCUCUUCUCGAACUUGUCGGCGAGGCGAGCAGCUUUGUUGCCACCCUCGCAAUCAUUGGAUUCGCAUCGGUCGGUUUGGCGCUCAUUGUGGACACUACUUAUGACUAUUUGGCCAACCAAGUUGGUGAGAGUGCAAGGAUACUACCUGCGCUCAGCCUUGUCUCCUUCGUACACAAGAACGUGGUUGCCAACCUGAGCAUUUUUUACGGUACGAAUCCUUGCCAUUGGUAUAUCAGUCAAGGUCUACCUGUGCUGUGUACCAUCUGGCUUCCAGCCACGCUGUUCGGACUGCUCAAAGCAUUUCAAGAGCGCAACCAAGCACUUGCGGCUGAUGCUAAGCGGUCAUUGGCGAGGCUUGUAUGUGUGACGGUGGCCGUCUACUCUUUGCUAGGACACAAAGAAUUUAGGUUCCUGCAACCGCUUCUUCCAGCCCUCACCAUACUUGCUGCCACAGGCCUGGAAUCGUCGUACGCCAAAAGAAGAUCUCGCAAAGCCGUUCCAAUGCUAACCGAUCAUCAAGAUGGCCCACUCAAGCAUAUGUGGCGAGCUCUGAACUUGCUCCCUUUUUGGCUUCGAGCUGUUCUGCUGACGUUACAACCCAUAGCAGCCGUUUACUUGACCACAAUCCACGCUGUCGGUCAGGAGCAGGUCCCCUUUGAGCUCGGCAGGAUGUUUCGGCAGCAACAGCUCACAUCCGAGUCAUCUGCGAAUCAAGUCGAGUUUGGCUCUGGCUUCGGUCGCAUCCACAACCUGGGCUUCCUCAUGCCAUGCCACUCAACACCAUGGGCGACGCAUCUGCACGACAAGCAACUCGUCGAUCGAAGCUGGUUCAUCCAGUGUCCACCUCCCCCAUCGAGAUCGCUGAUGACCCGUGAGCAGCAGACGGUCGAGUAUUGGGAUCAGAGCGACUUUUUCUACCACGACCCCAUCAAGUAUCUCGUCGAUCGGUUUCCGUACAAUGUCAACACCGACUAUCCAGCGUCUCCCAAGUCACAGCAGCAAGGAGGGGGUCAUCCAUGGGACAAAGGUUGGCGCCAUUCGUGGCCUAGUCACUUGGUGGUGUUUGAAAGUCUGCUCAAGGAGGGAACGAGAAAACCAGGGCAUACGAGGACGCUCAAGAAUCUGUUGAGCUUGAAAGGAUAUAGGGAGGUAGCCAGGUAUUGGAACACGCCCAAACACGAAGAUCCAAGAAGAGAUGGUGAUAUUGUUGUGUUGGCAUACAAAGGGCCCAAGUCGCAUCGCUAA